UGUAUGGUUGUAGUCGCUACCGAGGAAGCUAGGAAGGGGAUCAAGGAAACCUCUAGCAUCUUAGAUAAACACGCCGAAGACGUGUGAACCCGGCGGUCAGACAGCGCUAACAACACCAAAAAAAACCAUAAAAGGGUCCUUGAUACAGCGAGGGUCAACAUGUCUGAGACAUACGACUUCCUGUUCAAGUUCCUGGUGAUCGGCAGCGCCGGGACGGGGAAAUCCUGCCUCCUCCACCAGUUCAUCGAGAACAAAUUCAAACAGGAUUCCAACCACACCAUCGGCGUGGAGUUUGGUUCCAGGGUGGUUAACGUCGCGGGGAAGACGGUCAAACUGCAGAUCUGGGACACAGCCGGGCAGGAACGAUUUCGGUCUGUGACACGUAGCUACUAUAGAGGAGCAGCUGGAGCACUCCUGGUGUAUGACAUCACCAGCCGUGAAACUUACAACACACUGACUAACUGGCUGACAGAUGCACGGACACUGGCAAGCCCCAACAUCGUUAUCAUCCUGUGUGGAAACAAGAAAGACUUGGAUGCAGAAAGAGAGGUGACCUUUCUGGAGGCCUCGCGAUUUGCUCAGGAGAACGAGCUAAUGUUUCUGGAGACGAGCGCCCUGACAGGUGAAAACGUGGAGGAGGGAUUCUUGAAAUGUGCUCGCACUAUCCUCAACAAGAUAGAUUCAGGGGAGUUGGACCCAGAGAGGAUGGGCUCAGGUAUCCAAUAUGGAGACGCAUCACUGAGGCAGCUUCGACAGCCGAGAGGCACGACGACACAGAACAAGCAGCAGUGUAACUGCUAGGGAUGGACUCCUUGCUUAGUUGAUCUCACAGGCCCAAACAGACAGCAUGCCUCUUCCAGGUAGGUAACGCCAUGAACCGAGGCGCCUCAGUGGAAACCAGCUUCCCCUGAAACUAACGACGAUCUGUUUCUUAUGCAGCUCAUCUCCAGGUGUUUUUGGGUGUGUGUGUGUGGCUGUGGUUUCACACACUUUAGAUCACCUGGAUAAGUGUUGGUGGGAGGACUACUUUGACCUAUGACCUCUGGUAAGCCUCUUAACCUGAGUGGUUCAGGUUUGAGCCUGCAUCUCAGAGUGAAGACGGUUGGAUAUCAGAGAAGACGCUCCCUCAUGUCAGAGGUUGUCUGUAUGAGCUUCUAUGCUGUUAUUCCUUCUCUUUGCUGUUCCACGCUGGUUUUAAGCAAUCCUAAGAUAUUUUGGGCGUUUGCACAUCACUGACUAUAAACGAUGAUUGUGAAGCUACUUGAAGCAUUUAAAUCAGCUGAUAUGCCUCGUGAUUAGUCAACUAACAGUUUGUAACAGAUAGUGAUUCUGUGAUUAACUGUCUAAAUGUGCACUCUGAAAGGAGGUCCUCUUCUUUCUAGUUUGACUUCUUGCGUUCAGGUGUCAAUCACAUGCAAUGCCCCAAGAAAUCCACACAAAGAGAUCUGUGGUUAUUAACGAGUAAUUAUCUUUCCUUCCCAGAAAAUCAGAAAAUUGAAGGUGUUUAUCAGUGGGUUCAGGUGGAUAUAAAUUGUGCAAUCAUAAAGAGUUGGAAGUGGAAACUGCUCAGGUUGUUCGUUCCAAAUGUGAUGAUGUAGAGGUGUGGCUUUUUGUUAUUGUAGAUAAAUCGACAGUUUCGGUCAGAAGUUUACAUCCUUUCAUCAACCGCCUGUAUUAACUAGGAUCUUUUUUAUUUCUUGGAUAGAUUCCAUGUAAUCACACAAUGGCAACAAUUUAAAAAAAAAAAUGAAGAGCACAAGUUUGGAUUUUUAUAAUCCAGACAGGGUUGGAAAUGUUUAUAAGAAUAAACCCUGUCUGGAUUCUAAAAAUGAAAGACUCUAUCUGGAUGUUUCGUUCCUCUUUUUAGAAACGUCAAAGCUAAUUUAAUUAGCACAGAUUCAGCUUUGAAGGACAGCUAAUAUGUUUUCAGUAGGGUUGAAGUCAGAACCAUUCCCGAAGCUUUAUCCAAUCCUGAACCAGUAUUGAUGUGUUCUGAAUCAUUGUCCCAUUAAACCAUCCUGUUGUGUCCAGGUUUCAACCUUCUAACUGUUGAUGUGAUAAAAAGUUAAGGAAUUUAGGGCUAGUCAACAAUCUUCAUUAUUUAAUCCACUUUAGGGAAUGCAUCAGCAUAUAUUAUAACAGAACAGACCACAGCACAAUGCUGUCACCACCAUUUUCUUUGGUUUGUAAGUCUCACCAUGACUUCUUUAAACAUGCUCCUCAUUAGAGGUCAAACAUUUAAACCCGCGGCUCUAACUUCAGAUAAGCCUAAAAGUCAUGACGCUGCUGCAGGAGUUCGUUUCUUAAACACUGCUGUACAAGCUGCCUUUAGAUUAUAGCAACCCUCUGGAAAAUUCUACCCUUUUCAUUUCAUUGGGGCUGACAGUUUUUUUCAGAACUUUUAAUACAAAAGAAUAUCACAAAUAAUCAUCAAAAGUGGGUUUUAAAUCAAUAAAACUUACAAAUACCUUUUUUUUUUCACUUUAUCACUUUCAACCCUAUUUAAAAUGUAUUUUAUGUGCUUGGAUCUGUACCUAAAUGCGCUCUACCAGAUCAGCCAAAAUGAGCGGUCCAGUAUCCAGUCCAUGUUGCUGCAGAAGCUUGUCGAUCUUUAGAAAGUGUGCAGUCUCUGCAGCUUUAUAAAUGACAGUCUUUCAAAUAUUAUUUAGAAUACAUGUAUAUAUGUGAACCUAUAUGUACAACUUAAAUAUGUACAGAUUAGACAAAAACUUAAGCUCCAAAUGAUUUUUUUUUUAAGAUCCUUUAAGUUUUAUGUUCUAAACAUGUAUACUUGUAUAUACCCUACAGGAAAUAGUUGAUUUAAAUUAUUUUGGGCCUAAAAUGAAGGAUCGUCAUGCUAAUGUUGACAGUAUUUAAAUUUCUGACCUAAGCUGUUUUUAUGGCAAAUUGUCGCUCCAAUUUAAAGCAAAAAGCACAGCAAAAAAGGAAAUGUUUGAUUUCCAGAGGUACAAACAUCCAAAGAUUGAGCCUCAUUAGAGAAUGACCUCGUCAAGACAGUAUUGCUGCUGCUCUACAUGCUAAUGCUGGACCAGGAAUGUGAUGAUGGUAAGCACAGUUCUGUCAUAGAAGCUCAGAUUCUGCAUGAGGCUCUGCCAUCGUUUAAUAAUGCCUGGUUGUGAGGGUGCAAUGAUAAUUUAGGAUUCUACGUGUUUGCAGGCGUACAAAUGAUUAGCUGAAGCAUCUGAUCCGCACUAUGAAGAACUAUUACAGUCAUCUGGACAAAAAAAAAACAUUUGAGAAUAGAGUCUAUGUAUAUUUAGAAGUGUGAUAGGUUGGUAAAAAAAAAAGUCAUAUCUUGAAAGUUAAUUUUAAAAAUGAGGGAAAAAAGAUAGAAUAUCGAGAAAAAACAAACUGUAUCAGAAUUAUUUUCAAAAUCAAUGUACAAAAAAUACUUUUUGCAAAAAGACCAAACAACCUUUAAAGUAGAAAUAUUAAGAACGGACUAGAAAUACAAAAUGCCAAAAUUGCUUUCCAAAGAAUCUGAAACGAAACUAAGAUUAAGAGUUGAAAUCCUGGAGGGGGAUUUAUUUCCCAAGGAAAAAGUUAAAAUAACGGAAAACAAAAAUAUGUUGAGACGGUAAUCGUUUAACCAAACAAAAACCAGAGCUGCUUUAAUUCCACACAGCAGUUCCAGCAUAUUCUCUCCCCAUUGCAAUCAAGACUUUACAUCCAAUUUCGAGAUAUUUUAACUUGUCUGACUCUUAAACAAAUAACCCAGCUUUAGAGAAAAACAGUUGUAGAAAACAUCUUUGCUUUUGCAGUUUAAGUGAGCCAACUCAGGUCAUUCAUUACUUUGUGGAAAAAGAAUUCCUGACUUUCCAGGGUAAGUGGCUUUCCUUGGUCAUAGGAUCACUGAGUCAGAUAUCAUAACUUAAUAAACGUAAGGUUAAAGGUGCAACCUGUCCUGAGGCUAAAUCUAAACAUGCUCCCAGCUGAUAUAUUUCUUUAUCCUCAUUUGUUUUUGGGGGUUUUUCCCCUCUAGCCUCAUAGUAGACAUUUAUCCCAAAGUGAGUCUUUGCAAACACAAUGGUUUUAGAAUAUCAAAAGUCAAACAGUGAAAAUGUGUUGCUUUACAUCAGUCGAGUCUGUCCUCUCUUGAAGUGCACUUUUACAGUUUUAUUUCCUAAUAUGCUGUAACUAUAGAAAUGUACAUUUUAUUUUACUUGAAAAGUAUACUGUAAUAAAGAUUUUAAUGUAGACGCUAUCAGCUCAUAUUGUAAAACAACUGAGAUUCCUAACUUCGGUCUCCUUGUAUUUGCUGACUCCCCUUGUUGACUGUGAGAAAGCAGCCAAUUCCUCCUGUUUAUACACAUUUAUUAUUUCUUGUUUUAAUGCAACUAAAUGGGAGUUUAAUUUGCAUUUAUACGUGUUUUUUAUUUCUUAAAGCAUCAUCAGAAGGACAAUGAAAGCAUAAGUUCUUGAUUAGUCUGGACUUGCUCCAUUGGUAAACACAACCCUGACUCAGUUGUUUUGUAAAUGAUGUGAUAAAGGCUGCCCAAAUGUGUACAUUUUAAGUAUAACCUAAGCUGUAAAUAAGAUUUGUCUAUUGUCUUAUGAGGUUUGAGUAUUGCUCAUUGUUUUAAUUAUGCAAUUCCCAAUAAACUGCUUGUUUUUCAUUGAAA